AUUAAAUCAAGUAUUAUCAUAUGAUUUUUUAAAUUAUCAACAAAUUCACUUCUAAAAAAAUAUAUAUUUUACAAAAUAUUUUUGAUUUAUGCAGGCAAAAAAUUAAAUCUAAGUGAAAAAUGACUUGGGAAUACCACUACUCUCGAGUGAUGAUGGCCAUAACGACAAUGCCUCAGCCUUACAAAAACGGUCUGCUCGGUUUGACUGUUGUACAUCUGGUUUUAUUGUAUGCACUUAUGCUUGGCGCCUGGUUGUACAUGCAGUAUAAAGAUAUGACUAUGGACGAUUUUUUCUUUUAUCUCGAAGUAUCCAAAAAGGCGAAAGUCGAAAGCGAAAUCGAUAACGAGCCCGACUAUGAUGAAAAUGAUCUAAUCCAAGGUAAAGAAUUGAUCAAGGAGUCUUCAUUGGAAUCAGAACAUUCUGGAGAUAGUGAUUUAACAAAUUAUUACUUUUUGCCAGCUGAGUUAUUGAUACAAAAGUUGAGCUAUGAAUGACUUGUUAAAUAUUAUUUCUAGACAAAUAAAAGAGAGAUUAUUUCCUGAA